AUGGAACUUUCCAGUCAAGUAGGGGAGAUCCCCAUUCCAUUGAACAGUUCAUAUGGUGGGGGACAUGGGCAUGGGCAUGGGCACGGGCACAUGAUCCAUCAUGAUCCUGCACCCCACAACCAUAUCAUACCUUCCUCAGCACCCCAAAUCCCUUCCACUGGCCCCUCCUUGUCCACAAACCUAGAUGAUCAUGUGCCCUACAAGAAAGUGGUCAGGUACAGAGAGUGCCUCAAGAACCAUGCAGCAGCCAUGGGAGGCAAUGCCACUGAUGGCUGUGGUGAGUUCAUGCCCAGUGGUGAGGAGGGUACCAUUGAAGCACUGAAUUGCUCAGCCUGUAACUGCCACAGAAACUUCCACCGAAAAGAAAUUGAAGGUGAGCCCUCUUCAUGUGAUUUUUACCCAUUGCAUGGCCCACAUCUCAGCAGGGUUGGAAGGAAAGUCAUCUUAGGUCACCACAAGAGUAUCCUACCUCCUGAGGCUCUAGGGUACCCUACAGGUACUCUUAUACACUCAAGAGCAGCACCAACACCCCACCAGAUGAUAAUGUCCUACAACAUGGGCUCCCUCCCUUCAGAGUCUGAUGAACAAGCCGAAGAUGGUGGUGGGUUAGUGGGCAGGCCAGCCCAGGUAAUGAAGAAAAGGUUUAGGACAAAGUUCACACAGGAACAGAAGGAGAAAAUGCUUGACUUUGCAGAGAAAGUUGGGUGGAAAAUCCAAAAGCAAGAAGAAGCUGUUGUGCAACAGUUCUGCCAAGAGAUUGGAGUGAAAAGAAGAGUCCUCAAGGUAUGGAUGCACAAUAACAAGCACAGUCUAGCCAGGAAAAACCCUUCUUCCACCGCCGCUGUUACUACUACUGCUACUACUACUACCACUAUUACUGCUCCGUGA